UCCCUCCAUCUUUUCUGUUUCUUCCUCCGCUGUUCUCUCGGUUCCAGGAUGGCGGCGCUGCAGCGGCUCGUUGGACCCGCAGCCUGAGGAGGAGCUCCGGACUAUCCCUCCAUCAGCAGCCAAAACCAUGGACGGGUUCCACCUGCCGCCGGUCAUAGAGGAAGUCAUCGAUCUGCCCGAUGAGAUUUGUGAGCUGAUCGUGGAGAAGCCGAUCGCGCUGGGAGAAACCCUCACAGCCAAAGAGAGGGAGUCCAUGGAGGAGAAUGACAAGGAGGAGGAGGCAGCAGGGGAUGGAGAAAAGGGCCAGCAGGAGCAAGGAAAGGAGAAGGAGACAAAAGAGGACAGAGGAGGAACUAGGAAGGAAGUGGACGAUCUGAGGGCUCAGAUUGUGCAGCUGCUGCUGGACCUGGAGGAGACCAGGGAGACCUCCCAAAGACACGUGGAGAGCUUCCUGGAGCUGCAGGGCGUGUUGGAGGAGGAGCGGCUGGCCAGUGCCCACCAGGCUGAGAGCUUCACCAGACAGAUCCAGAGACUGCAAGCCCAGCUUCGCUCAGUGCAGGAGGAGAUGGACAGCAUGGAGGAGGAGAAGGAGAGUGAGCUGGAGGAGGUGCAGGAGGAGCUCCGAUCUGCUCAGGAGGACGUGCUGGUGAUGCAGCAGGCGGCGGAGGAGGCGGCGGCCGAGAGGGAGAAUGACAUCGCCUCCCUGCAGGAGGAGCUGUGUCGUCUGCGUGGGGAGCUGCAGCGCCUCCACGCCACCAUGCAGGAGUACGAGCUGGAGGUGACGACACUGAGAGCCGAGAUCAGCAUGAAGGGGCGGAGCUCCGACGCCUCCCUCACGCCAGGUGAUGUGAUCCAGCUGAGGGAGGAGCAUAGUUUACUGACAGUCGAGCGUCAGUCACUGACUAAAGACAAGCAAGAGCUGAGCGACCGACUGGAGGCGCUUCAGCGGCGAGCGGCGGCGUGUGACCACGUUUAUCUGGCCUUGAGAUCAGAACAGGAUGCGGGACACGAGGACGCAGUUUACAUCAGCCUGCCGCAGUCUUCAGGUCCGCCGUCCGUCCACAGCUCGGACCUGAUGCUCCUCAAACUCCAGCUGAGACAGGCUGAAGACACGUCCCAGAAAGUCCAGGAACAGUGUGACGGUUUGAAGCACGAGCUGGCGGAACUGCAGCAGCUGUACGACGGCAGCCAGCAAGAGCGAGCUGCACUCGAACGCGAGCUGCAGCGCUGCAAGGCGGAGCUGCAGAAGAUGAUUGGCACAAAGUCACAGCAGAGCACCACUGAAGGCUGUAAUCUGGCGGUGGCGGUGCUCGCUGUGGCAGCCAUCAUUGUUCUGGUGGUUCCCAGCUUGACCAGAGCCUGAAGGACGACCUCUGGGAGUGAUGUCACCACAUAGACCCGCCCUCAUUCCCGCCCUGAUGUCUGCUCCCUCGCAAAUGCUGAUAUUUUGAUCUUCACGCCACAGACGUCAGUGAGUGCCGCUGGCGACCGCAGUAAAACCUGCAGGUGGUCAGUGGAAAACGCGGUCGCUGAUUGGUUGGUUCAUCGUCACGAGCUGAGAGUCUAUUUGGAAAUAAGAAUUUUUCUUUUCUUUUUUUCCUUUUUUUUCAAAAGAAA